AUGGACCAGGCCCCCCCGGUGCGCUCGGAGUAUCUGCACUCAGGGACUCGGACCCCCCCGGCACGGAGGAGCAGCAAGCUGGCCACCCUGGGCCGGAUCUUCAAGCCCUGGAAGUGGCGGAAAAAGAAAAACGAGAAGCUGAAGCAAACGACGUCGGCAUUGGAGAGGAAGACGGCGGGCAGGCAAGGCCGCGAGCAGCUCAUCAAGAAGGGCCUGCUGCAGAUGAUGGAGCAGGAUGCUGACAGCAAAGCCUGCCACGCCGACGGAGGCCCCCAGCCCUCUCAGACUGAGCCGUCUUCCCCGAAGCCGGAGACACAGGCCUCGGAGGACACACAGCCAGGAAGCCCCUCUGCCAGCAGGCCAGCCCAGGCCUCCCUGGAGGAGCCACCGUCCACUGACGCCUGCCUGGAUGCUGCAGCCGUGACGCCGUCGGCUCCCAGCAGUGACGAAGCAGACGCCGGCAGCCCCCUGCCCACCGACGCCGAGUUCUCUCAAGCCUUAGCUGGGUCUGACCCCCUCGACAGUUCUCCCAGACCCCCGGAGAGCUCCACAGGCCAACUCCCCAGCCCCCCUCGGCUGCCCACUCCGCCUCCCAAGACUGGCUGCAAAACCACGAAGCCGGUCCCAGGCCAAGCCGUGCUCUUCCAAGGCCCAGGCACAAAGGGUACCGACCCUCCCCUCCGAGGGCAGCUGUCCACGCCCACGGGGUCACCACACCUCACCGCCGUCCACCGACCACUGCCGCCGAGCCGUGUCAUUGAGGAGCUGCACAGAGCGCUGGCCACCAAGCACCGCCAGGACAGUUUUCAAGGCCGGGAGAACAAAGCGUCCCCCAAGAGGCGCACAGACGUCCGUCUGUCCAGAACCUCCAGCAUGGAGCGAGGCAAGGAGCGGGACGAGGCCUGGUGCUUCGACGGGGCCUCAGAGAGCCAGCGGACGGCGGCCAGGGAGUCCGAGGAGAACAAGGAGAACUUGACCCUGAACUUGGAACUCAAGGAUGACCUGCUGCUCUACCAGGACGAGGAGGCCCUCGACGACUCUGUGAUCUCUGGCACGCUGCCCAGGAAAUGCAAGAAGGAGCUGCUGGCGGUGAAGUUGAGGAACCGGCCCAGCAAGCAGGAGCUGGAGGACCGCAACAUCUUCCCCCGGAGGACGGACCAGGAGAGGCAGGAGAUUCGGCAGCAGAUCGAACUGAAGCUCUCCAAACGGCUGAGCCAAAGACCUGCUGUGGAGGAACUGGAGAGAAGGAAUAUCCUGAAACAAAGGAAUGAUCAGACGGAACAGGAAGAAAGAAGAGAAAUAAAGCAAAGAUUGACCAGAAAGCUUAAUCAGAGACCCACCGUUGAUGAGCUGAGAGACAGAAAGAUCCUGAUCCGAUUCAGCGAUUACGUGGAAGUAGCCAAAGCGCAGGACUACGACAGAAGGGCGGACAAGCCCUGGACCCGACUGUCGGCAGCGGACAAGGCAGCAAUUCGAAAAGAAUUAAAUGAAUACAAAAGCAAUGAGAUGGAGGUACACGCGUCAAGCAAGCACCUGACAAGAUUCCACAGGCCAUAAAGAUUUUCUUCUGAGAAGAAUUUGUGUUUAAUUUUUGAUACCAACACUCAUCAGGGAACUUUCCUGAAGUUUCUGCUCAAGACUCUGCUGUGUCUGUGAGAGGAGCCCAGUCACACACAGGUGCAGUCCGGCCACAUUAACCACAG